AUGGCGGGGGAGGAACCUGCGGAGGGAAGCCAGAGCAGGAGGCGGUUGGAUCUGAACCUGUACACGAGCGUCCCUCCGUUGUCGCGCCGUCCAUGCCGGCUGGGUGGGGCUAUGGGCAGUCCGGUGCAGGCGCAACUGCCGGAGAUGCCCAUCGCUGAAGUUCCAAGAACAGAUGAGCUAGCAGGAUGGCUCGCACGAGAGGAAAUACCUCUACAGCCCGCGGUGUACUCGUCAUCCAAUGCGUUGUCCGUCCCAGAGCUCUCCAAUCCGGAGCUAUCGUUGAUAGAUCCGAUGAUCAUUGAGUGGCUCGACGGCCACACUACUGACGGUGAACAUGGUCUUAAUGCUGGUGAACCAGCUGCGUUGCCCUCAAAUGAUGCCAAUGUCUCGCCGCCACUCCCGUCGACUCUUACUAGGUUUGAAGGGGUUGGUCUUGAAUGGGUGGAAAGGCUUUCACACCCUGUUGUGGUGCCUCCUGCCAUCCCAGUGGAGAUGGUCAGCACAAUGAGAGGGCGCGGAGGUGCCGCAAUUGAAGAGAUGACGCCUGAGCUCCGCCUGCAGAGGAUAAUCCAGGUGAGCGAACAACACCGCAUUGUGAGUCCUGGACCAGUGACCCACAACCAGCAGUCCAUCAAGCUAGGCACAUCAAGGGGCCCCGUCAAGGAUGGGAACUGCAGAUGCAACUCCACUUUCCAUUGCUAUAUCUGCCUAGAAGCAGCUAAAGAGCCAGUCGUUACACCGUGCGGCCACCUCUUCUGCUGGCCAUGCUUGUACCAGUGGUUGCAUGGACGUCCAGUCCACUCUAAGUGCCCUGUCUGCAAGGAAAAGGUGCUCGAACUAAACAUCAUACCGAUUUAUGGAAGAUCGGGUGAUGAACGUGACGCCUCCAACAAUGACGUCCCUCCUAGGCCUCAUGCUAACAGAACUGAGAGCUUGAGGCAUCAGCUGCAAACGCAAGACCCAAGAGGCACCGCAAACAUGGUGUGGCAGUUCAUAGAAAAUCAAGGGAUAGUGAGAGCCAAUUCUGUUGCACCUAGAGGUGGGGGUGAGGUGACUGUGCUUCUUGCAGCGCAGCCAAGGGGUGGUAGGGUUCGGCAACAGCAAAGACAAGAUAACAUGAAUUCAGCUUUCCCAGUACUGCUGCACGCACGCAAUACAGCUUCCCCAACAUUGCAGCAAGGGAGCAACCCUGCCCCUCAGGGUGGCAUUCAGGUUCCAAUGCCAUCUUCUAGUGGUGAUAAUGCUGCACUAGCAAUUCCUCAGCAGUCAUCAUCUAUGGAUCAGGCAUCAACUUCCAGCACCGUGCCUGUUAUAGUGGGACAGGCAGCCCAAAGUAGGAGGUCAAGGCCUUCGGAGUCCACCACAACCACAAGGAGAACAAGGAGGAGGAGGCAGCAGCAGCAGUAGGUAAAGGUGGUGCUGGCAUUUUCAGCAAUAAAACUUAGGGGUUCCCUAAAACCUAUAUGGAUCAUGCCCCAUUGUUACCAUGAUUAGCUCCCAAAAAAUGUUGGUAUC